AUGGUACCUGGUAAUUGCCUUUAUUUCUAUUACAGUGUGUUUUGGGACUUAUACUGUGCAGCACCCGAGAGAAGAGAUACGUGUGAACAUUCGAGCGAAGCCAAAGCGUUUCACGACUAUGGGUUCGUCAAUUCCGGGUAUUCUGUAAAUGGUAUUGCCCACAAUCCCACAGCACCGAGUCCUCUGGGACAGAUGCCACCCAGUGAAGGCAUGCCUGGAGGUCCCAUGCCACCUGCCGGCUUUUUUCCUAAUUCUCAUAUGAGGCCCUCCCCACCUCAACAACCAGUUUCACAGCCGUCCCCCCAUCCACAACCUCCACCCCCGCAUAAUCAGAUGAUGCAGAGUCAGCCAUUCAUGUCGCCGAGGUAUCCCGGAGGACCAAGGCCUGGAGUCCGAAUGCCUCAACAAGUAGAUUUCAAUCCCCCGGGCAGUGUACCUGGACAACCCAUGAUGCCCAACAGCUUGGAUCCGACGAGGCAAGGUGACGGAGGAGAAUUUGUCGGAUGGCAAGGACCUCCAGGAAUGGCUAUGAAUCCCAGAAUGAAUCCUCCCAGAGGCCAACCACUUGGUCCUAUGAAUCCUGCUAACUAUGGUGGAAUGAGGCCUCCUCACAAUAGCACACUAGGACCUGGAGGCCCAACCAUGCCUCCUAUGUCCAUGCCAGGUCCUGGUGGUCGACCAUGGCAGCCUAACACAACACAAAUCAGUUAUUCUUCAGCAUCUCCAGGAAGUCACUAUGGGGGUCCUCCUGUAUCGAGCACAGGACCACCUGGUCCAGGUACUCCUAUAAUGCCUAGCCCACAAGAUUCUGGAGGUUCUGGAGCGGACGGAAUGUAUACAAUGAUGAAACCUGUCCCAGGUGGAAGUUUAUCUGGGUUUCCAAUGGGUCCAGGCCCUGAAGGACCAAUGGGACCUAUGGGACCAGAAAUGGGUCCUCCAGUGAUGAAUGGAAUGUCUUCAGGUAAUUUAAAUGGAAGUUCUUUAGAUACUGAUUUAUAUUAAGAUAUUAGUUAACUU